AUGAACAGUCUCUUGAUACUAUCGAUUCUUGUAGGCCUAUGCAUCGGCUUAAGCAAUGCUUUUCACAUGAUAGGAGAAAGCAAAGUCGUGGUAAGCAACCAACUGGAACACAGCAAACUCCUCAAAGUUCAUUGCCGCUCCAAAGACGACGAUCUUGGAGAACAUAUCCUUAGAAUCGGCCAGGACUACGAGUUCACUUUUGCUGAUAACAUAUGGCAAACGACUUGUUUCUCGUGUAAAAUGGAUCAGGGUCCUAAUUUUAAGCACCACCAGAACUUUGUGGCGUACGAGUCUUCGUGGAGCAAAGUUCUAGAGGCUUCAUCUAAGUGGAUAGCUAGAGAAAAUGGAAUCUAUCUUUCUCAAGAUGGAAACCCUCCACCUCAAGUACCAAUGGGAUGGUACUCACUGAUACCUUUGGGUUUUGUAUUUCUUUAGAGUUUAUCUUUGAUAAUGAUUUUAUUAUAUAA